CAGGGGCGGAGCUAUGGGUGCCCGGAAAAGAACUGGACAAACCUGAUUAAGUGUGGCCAUUCACAAACAGCAGCACUACGUGGGACUAAAACAAAACUAAAUUAGCUUUUUUUUUACAAAUGUUUUUAAAUUUAUUCCCGCUGGUCAUCAUUGUGAACUGGCUUGCGUUUGUUGUGAUUGUUCAAACAGACAUCGUGAUGCCUGCAAUCCACUCACUGGAGUAUUUCGUCACAGUUUCAACUGGAAUUGCCAACUUACCAGACCAUGUGGAUGUCGUUCAUGUCGACAACGUUGCCGUGAUGUACUAUGACAGCAAGAGCAAGAUACUGGAGCCCAGAACUGACUGGAUGAGAGAAGCCAAAGCAGAGGAUGCAAACUUUUGGGAAAGGCAGAGAAACGUCGCCAUGGUUUUUGAGGGUUUCUUCAGAUCUUUUCUGGAAACCGCGAGAAGGGCUUUCAACCAAUCUGAAGGUGUCCACUUUGGGCAGGCGACGUUUGGCUGCAAAUGGGAUGACCAGACCGAUGCUGUCGAUGCUUGGGAAAAGAUGAAAUAUGAAGAUGAGCACGUCCUGUUGUUGGACAUGAAUACAUUCGCGUGGUCCAUAGAGGGCCCGCAGGCUCUUGCCAUCAAACACAAGUUUGACUUGAACGAGAUUGAAAGAGACCUCCGGCAGUAUUACUACUCGGAGCUUUGUCCUUCUUUUUUGAAGAAGCUGGUGUACUACGGGCGGAGCAUCCUCAUGAGAACAGAGCUUCCCAAGGUGUCUCUUCUUCAGAAGACGCCGAACUCUCCGGUCACCUGCCACGCGACAGGUUUCUACCCGGACGUGGCCGACCUGUUCUGGAGGAAAGAGGGUGAGCAGCUCCACGAGGACGUGGAUCAUGGCCAAAUUCUGCCCAACCACGACGGGACCUUCCAGAUGAUGGUCAAUCUGAAAGUGAAUGUGACGGAUGAGGUGGAGGGCCAGUACGAGUGCGUGUUUCAGCUGGCUGGUAUCAAGGGCGAAAUUGUCAUCAAGCUGGAGAGAGGAAACAUCCUGAGCAACGCACGCAUUGAAGAAGAAGAAAAGCCAGUCCAGUUAGUUGAUUAGCGUGUCCCGAUUAGACACUUAGUGCUGAGCAUUAAGAAUGCUGAUCAUUUUUCAUGUUGGCUCUCGGGCAAGACACACAGAGCCACACUUGCGUCGAGCGCACUUAGCCGCUGGAGGCGGCAGCUUCCUUCCGACCGUCUCCGCCACUUUACACUUGCCUGCGAGAAAUAGGACACGGCUGAGGGGCUUUUACCAUCUCUCAGAUAUUGAAAUAGAACCUUCCGAAGAGAGAUGGCCGCUUUGGAGGUGCAGGGAGGAAGGAAGAAGGAGUGUGCUGCUUCGUUUUUGCACAUAAAAGGAUUUGUCUUGCCAAAGCAAGAAGCGGGUGGAUGAAGGUGUCGCGCAGCGGCCGCUGGAAACAUUGCUCAGUUGGGCUGCAAAGGAAAUGGAAAUAUUUGCAUGACACCUUCUUCUGCCAUGCCUGCUUUCACAUACGUGACCCCCCACCCCCCAAAAAAAUGUAAAGAAAUGGUCAUUUCAUUUGAUGUUUUUUUUUUCACGUAUUCAAAGUACAUCAUGUAAAAUGGACAUGAUUGCAUUUAUCACUUGGGAUUUGAGAUCAGCACAGCCUUUGAGUUGAAGAUGAAGAUGAGGGACCGAUUCUCGGCUUGUCGAGGGGAGAUCAAUGCCGACGCACAAGUCGGACGGGUUCGGCAUCUGACACCUAAAAGGACU